UUUCUUUUGUGAAGUUGUGUCGGUGUGGGGGAGGAGUGAUUUGAGGGGAGGAGAUUGGAGGAAGGAAGGAAGGCGCUGGGAUCACUCUGUUAUGGAAGGCUGGAAGUGAGGGGAGAACACUGUACACAGGGGUUAUGUUCUGCCUAUAGGGGAUUAUACAGGCCAAACUACAGAUUUCUACAAGAUUGAUGGGUAAUUUCACUAUUGAUGAUGCAUUUGAGGUGUCGAUUGAAGACACUGGACCAAGAUUUGGGGCCCUGCAUUUUGUCGGAGAUGAGAGUCAGCAGAAUCGGCAUAAGUACAAGAACUUGGAAAAUGAUGAAGAAACAGAACAUGUUAAAAUUAAAACUGUAGAUAGGGGGUUGUCAACCCUUUCUUCUCACAGCUCUCAAUGCUCAUUCAGUACUAUUAGUAACAGUACCCAGCUGUCCACCCAAGAGUGCUUCAGCUGGACAAGACAUCCCCUUGUACAAAAGAACAAGAAAGUUGUUGUAUCAUCAUUUCUUUUACUACUGUUGGGACUGGUGUUCGUUUUUGUUGGAAUAGGACUACAAGUGAGUCCGUCACCAGCUGUCUCCAGUGCCAUCUUUUUUGUACCUGGAUUUCUGCUGCUGAUUCCAGGAGUGUACCACGUAAUAUUUAUCUACUGUGCCGUGCGAGGGCGACAUGGUUUCCAGUUCUUCUACCUCCCCUAUUUUGAUAAGUGAAUUUCCGUCAUGGAUGUCUUAUCGCACACUGAAUGCCAAAAACACUAUGGGAACCACUAAGGACUCUAAAGAAUGACAUGGGGGCAAUCCACCAGGUGGCGAUGUCUUGCUCUGGAUCUUGCCUCUCUUGGGAUCUCAUUCACUAAGUGACUAAACUGAGAGCUGCAAGUGUUUUCCACCACUGUAGCUAAUAUGUCUGUGACUAUAUAUUUUUGUUGUUGUUGUUGUUGUUGUUUUUUGUGUUUUCCGUUAAAAGAUUUUGCCUUUUUAAUUUAAUUCUUUUUUUUAUUUGUAACUGUUUAAUUUAGUAAAUAAGAGGUUUUAUUACAAACA